AUGGGCGUUAGGCCAGAGGAUGUCGAAUUGGCGUCUAUCCCGUUUUGGGUCCAGAUUCACGGUCUGCCGACCAUGUUUGCCUCCCAAGAUUUCAUAGCCAAGAUAGGGGAUCAUGUUGGAGAGUUCAUCACGGCAGAUCCGUUUAACUUUGGUGGGACAUGGAAGAGCUAUUACCGGAUCAGGGUGAAGAUGAACAUAACAUCCCCUCUCAAGCGGCGGAUGAAACUUACAAGGCGAGAUGGAUCCGUGCAAUGGAUCAUGUUCAAAUACGAGCGUUUGAGUACCUUUUGCUACUGCUGCGGGAUACUGGGCCAUUCAGAUAAGUUCUGUAAAACGGUGUACGAAGAAGGGAUUCUACCGGAGGCGUUCCCGUUUGGGCCACCGCCGACGGUACUGGUGGAUGCGGAGGAGGUAGGGGGGUUGCAAGGAGACCUGAAGCGUAGAAGGGGCGAAGAAGAGGACACUACAACAGGUAGUGAUGUGCAAAUGACCGACACACCAAGAAAUCAUGAGCAGGCGGGUUUGGCGGACCAGGCUCGCCAGGACAAAUGA